GUUAGACUGUUACUAUGGGAACUAUCAACAAAACAAACCUGAGGUUUUCAGCGUUAACUAUAUUAUACAAAGAACCAGUACAAGCAUGGAAUCAUGUCGGUGCGCGUAGUUUAUAGUAAAUCAUUCGGAGUCAAGUACAAAGCAUCUGUUUGUUCUAAGGCAUUUAUUUUAUACGUCGUUAUAACGUUACUAACUUUUACCUUGCCGCUGCUAUUUUGCUACCGAAGCAGUGGACUAUGGAUUAAGUACGAGAAAUAUAGAGAACAGCCUAUGGUACAAUUUAAGUUGCAGUAUUUGUUAUAUGCUGAAACCUCUGAUCCCACGUCUCCGCUGAUUUGCGGAAAUUUUCCUCGGACAUUAAAAACUACGGGCUUUUGUUCCACUAUCAAGGUUAUAGAAGAAGAUAUUAACAUUGAUGGAAAAAAAGAAUUUCUGGACUUAGAGUUAUACUUGACCACGAAUGAAACGUUGGAUGUACAUUCUAUAACAUUAUUGCUGAUAUUUGAUUUCAAAAUACAAGAUUUGUGUUUACUUGAAAUGGAAUCCAUGGCAGUUAUUACUCACAGUUCUGGAUUGCCUGGCGGUAGACUGGACGUAUUUGGAGAUUUAAACUUGAUACAAAAAACGCCCUUAGUAUGUACACCGAGGAAACCUAUUCGUAUGAAUAGACCUAUAUUGUUAUUUGAAUCUCCCGACUGGCUGGUUAACAUAUACGAGGAAUACUCAAAACGUACUCUUUCUACUAAAUUGGAUAACGUUUUAGUAAAGUGGACAAGAGGUCGACCUUAUCAACAGCCAUUUUUAAUUAAAACUAAGAUAAACUACGGUUCUGUGGAGAUUUUAUACAAACCAAAGUUUUGGCAAGUAAUGAAGUGGGCAUGGAUACAAUAUUUUUCAAUACUUGUGUUAUCAGUAUUUAUAUUUAAAAAAGUUAAGCGGUUUUUAUUUACAAAUCAUAUAGUUACUACGAAAAUCGAACGUUCGAUGUAGAGUAACUUUUAAUCGUCAUAUAAUAGAAUAUCUAUUAUUUUAGUUAUAUUUAUAAAAUAAAUGAAAAAUGAUUUUCUCGCUGAUUAUAAUAUAGUAUACUAUUACAUUUUAACCUAUAUAUUAUUUCUUAAUUUAUAAUCUAUAACUCAAAGUUUAAAAAAAAGAUGUAUUAAUGUAGACAGUUUAGUACUAAUAAGUAUAGUGUCUAUAUAAAUUUAUCCAGCGGUUCCCAAAAUUUUUUUGUUCAUGCCACUCUGGAAAUAAAAAUUUGUCCCACUCCUCCCGUGAAUAAUAUAAAACUAAAAACUAAAAUAAAACAGUUCUAAACUUAUUUAUUUCAUAUUUUAUUAAAUUACUAUUAUGACCCAAUAAUGAUCGAAAAUUAAAAUUAAAAUGAACGUGUAAAUGUGCAUUGUUGAAUGCGUAUAAUAUAGUAUAACUUAAAAGUAAUAAGUUGGUAUAGUAAUACAAAAUGAAAAGUAGGUAAAUUAUAUAUUUUGUAUAAUAUUGAGAUGUAUAUAUUGUGUCUUAAUAUCGAUAAUGUUAUGUGAGAUGGCGUGUGUAAAUUACGCAAGUAAUAUAGGUAACAUUGUUUUUACAUUUUAUUUACGUCUCCAAUCAGGAAUUCCGGUUAUGACGUGGAAAAGCUCAUUAUUUACGGCUCGUGCUGUGUCAUCUUUUAUCUGCCAAUGAAAAAAAUGUCAUUCUAUGCGAUGAUAUUUUUAUUUUGCAGAAUUAGCCAAUAACCCCAAGUGUAUCUAAAGGCAGUAAGUGAUGGUUUUUUCCGGAUAUUUAUUAUUUGAUAUUGUGACCGGUUACCUGUAGAUAUUUAACUACAUAUAUGUAUAAGAAAGACAUUCAGCUAAAGAUAAGCUAACUGUGUAGUAUAGAAAACUAAAAACCCAUAUAAAUUACUAUACACUAAUAAAGGCCAAUAUUUUUCUCGUUCUGCUCAAAAUCGAAUUUAUAAAAUCUAGAAUAUACUACUAUAUGCAUUAUGCAUGUUACGGGAGGUGUGUUGAAAAAAUUCAGUAUGGCUGUGAGAAUAAAAGUAACAAUAUUAUAUUUUGUGUAAUUAUAGCUAGAUAAGAAGUAAUAUUACCGUUAGCUGACAAUGGAUAAUACAAUAAGACGUCUUUAUUAAUACGAUAUAACAAUUUUUUCAUUCUCAUUCAUAUAAUAUACAACAUGUACAAUAAUCAUAUUUAUUUAAUGUCAGUUUUGACAUGUAUCGAAAUAUAAUGGGAUGUUGAAUACCUAUUUAAAUGCAGGCGUUUAUGAAACCAUUUGAUUUUACCACUAUAUACACUAUUUUAUUUUAAUAAAAUUUUAAAAAAAAAUCAUAAAUUUAUGAUGUUUAGGUACCUACCUAUAUGUAUAAUAUAAUAUUAUUUUAGACCGAAAGAAAAAACAUGUUUCAAAUACAAUUAUUUUGACUUACAACCGUACCUAUAUUAUUUAUUAUUUUGUAAUAUACCUACCUAAUAUACCCCCGUCGGCGGCCAUUGUUAGGCUCUACGCCUUGGUGAGAUUGCACUCUUUUCUCGUUCGGAUGGAAGAUAAUUUUACCGGAUGCAAAUAACAGCGUAUCGUAUUCACCGCAAGGCCGCGGCAAUCAUCAAUACAAUCAACUUGUGGCGGACGUUGUCUGCAACUUAUAUGAUCUCCAAGUGAUCAAACACCUUCAGCCAGGUAGCCGGGUGUUGGUCAUGUGUAAACAGUUAACAUAUACGUAUAUAUAUACAUUAUGUAUAAUAAUAUAUAUUAUACCUAAUAACGUUUUAGAACAACCAUCAAAAAAUAAUUUCAUCGGAGGGAACAUUUGUAAGAAUCCUGCACGCACGUUCGAACCCGUUGGACCGCGACCGCAUGUACCUGAUACGAGAAUUCGGCACCAGUGGAUGUAUAUAUAGAUACAUAUUCAAAAUUUAGAGUGGAAAAAAUUAAGGAAGUGAAAAAAAAAACAAAUUUUGGCAAUCAAGUUCACAGGGAAACCAAAGUAAAUUAAUUAUGGCAUGCUAGGUAUAGGUUCCGGGAAUAUAAUGAACAUUAUCUAAUAAUUUGUUUGUUCUCCUAUAGCCAGUAGGAUUAAUAAUGGAAAAUAAAAAAUGAACGGAGAAAAGGUCAUUGUAUUGUUAUAACAAUCAGAUUUAAUUGUCCAGGAGGAUGUCUUUUAUGGAACCCGGUGUAGUCAUUUUUUUUAAAACGAUCACGUUUAAUGUACAAUGAUUAAAAAAUAUUCUUGACGCAAUGUUAGGUAUUGUUUUUAUAUCCAAAUAAAUGUUCGACUUAAAAACAUUUGAAAGAGUAUAUCGUGAGGAAAAAAACAAAACUUCAUCCCAACAAUAUUAGAGCUAACAAUUCGCAUGUGUCAUGUAAGUUUUAUACGUAACUAUUAUUAUUGCUUAUAAUAUGUAGUAUACUAAAUAGUAAAUAGAUUAUUUUUUUUUAAGUUCUGUACUUAUCAGAA